AUGGGUCUUUCGUACAACGUCUACCUGAACGCCAACAAAGUCUUUGGCUGCAAGCAGUGCAAGACUCACCUUGCAGAUCACAACGAUAUUGUCAGCCGGAACUUUCGAGGGCAACAUGGAAAAGCCUAUCUUUUCCACUCGGUGGUCAAUGUGACCGCGACUGAGGCGGUAGAGCGCAACAUGACCACGGGGCGACAUAUUGUUCGAGACAUUUCGUGCCGGCAGUGCCGCGAGGUAGUCGGAUGGAAGUACGACAAGGCCUUUGAGACUAUUGAAAAGUACAAGGAGGGCAAGUAUAUACUCGAGGAGGAACUACUCUGUGUCGUUGGCUAG